AUGAUCAGUGACUUGGCACUUGCAAAAGAUGACUACACGAUCAAGGUUCGAAUCAUUCGUCUGUGGAAACAGAUUCCUAUGAUUGGAAUGAUAUUGAUGGACGAAAGGGGCGCCAAAUUUGAAUGUAAUGUGGAUAAACCAUUUGCAUCCCUACAAAGAAAAACUUUGGAAGAAUAUGGUGAUUACUACAUUCAAAAACCCAGAAUAGGGUUAAAUAAUGGUGCUAUAAAGUUUGUUGAUUGUCCACAUAAACUCUAUUUCCAGUAUAGCACUAAGGUUAUUAAAUGCAAAGACUUUUGUGGGCCCCAUAAUUCCUUUGCUUUCAUUGACUUCAAACAACUUCAUUCUAAUUCGAUCCAAGCCAAUGUGUCAUUUGAUAUUAUAGGAAACGUUUUCCAAUGUUUUCCAUUGGAACCUCCAAAAGACAAACAGGAGCAGAAAAUCACACUAAAAAUGGAGGAUUUAGAAGGACAUGAAGUUUUUGUUACUCUAUGGGGACGUUAUGCUGAUGAAAUUGUUGCAUAUGUUUCAAACAAUCAUGGUCAUUUUGUAAUGAUUAUUCAACUUGCUAAGUUCAAGAAUGUCUGA